UAAAAUUUAGGUCAUUUCACUGUCGAAUUGUCAAAAUUGAUCUCUGUAGAAAUCGCUGAAAAUCUAUGGCAUCAUUGAAAAAUUUGCAUGAACAAAUAAAAUCUUGAAAACAUUAAAGUCUUUUUUGAUUGAAUAUCAGUAUAUUUUCGCUAUCAACAGCGAAUUAAACGUAAUAAUUACGAAAAAUACAAAUAAACAAAUCGAAACCAACGUCCCGGCAACAUCCUGUUUCAACAUGGCAUAAAAGACAGAUUAGUGACCGUCGCCAUUGUACGCAACUUGCAAAUGCCAAGAGGACUUAGUGUUUUGCAUAAAGAAUCAAGUUUGAAUGCUGUGGACUUCGUUCUUGUGGUCAAAAUAUGGAUUUUUAUGAGGUUUAUGUGAAGAUGGACGGAGACAUCUUGCGGUUCAAAAUGUCGGAAGGGAGGUAACUAUCGAUUUUUUUCUGAACUACCAUCAUGUGGCAUUAUUUUUUUGUGUGAUUUUCUGUAAAAGAUGCCUCGUCAGCGGGAGCAAGAUGUUUACGACGAGUAUGACGCUCGUUCAUACGCACAUCUUGUACCCGGAAGUAACUCGACGUCGCAAAGUCAGUCUUACAGCAAAAAAACGGAGAAGAGAAAGAAGUCCAAACACAAAUCUCACAAGAGACCCAAAGAAAAAGACAGAAAUGAGCGUGAAAAAGGUCGUGGUUCUGGAAAUGCUACAGUUGAAAUGAUUGGUCGGACAAGUAUAGUCGCGUAUGAAGAUGUUAGUUCGGAUUCUGGUUCGUUAUCUGACGUAUCUGGCGCAGCAGCGCAAGUAGCACCAGGACGUGUUGAAAAUAGACCCAAAAAAGAUCAAUCUCCUGCUUCAGCAAUACGGUCAUAUAUGAAUGAGAGAAGCCAUAGUAGCUCGCCUGUGAUACGUGAAACUAGUCCAUAUCGAACUGAAAAAAGUGCUAAAAUUAAAAAGUCUAAAAAGCGGCAUCGGUCACCAGAACUUGUUAAAGAAGUGGACGCAAAGUUAAAAGCUUAUGCAGAACCACCCAAAGCAUAUGUAGAACCUCCUAAGGCAUAUGCAGACAUGCCAUCAUCAUCAUCAUCAAAAAGUGCUUACCGUGUUACAAGUCCAACUGGCGUGAAGAAGCGGUACCGGUCUCGAUCUCCUACUAGUCCAUACAACAGGAGACGCAGUAGAAGCAGAUCUAGAGGUCGCAGUAACAAAGCAGUACGUCGCUCCAGAAGCCGAAGUUGGGGACGACGAAGUCGGUCGCGGUCUCGUAGCCAUUCCAGACAGAUGAAACGGCGUAAUUCUCCACCAGCCAGCCCUACUCGUACUUCAAAAUCUCGUGACUAUGUGAGCAGUAGCAAGCUCAAAUAUGCUCCAACUAGCCUUGCAUCAGAGCUAAGCAAGCAUAAAAAAGCUCGUGAAAUGCGAGAUGCACAGCUUGCAGCAAAGCUGCGGCAUUCUUCGAGUAAACAUGAGGACAUUAAAGUAAAGCACGAACGGGCAGAACCUCCAAGUCCUGAUCGCAGCAGAAAAACAGUUGAACCUCCAUUAAUUAAAGAGCCUGAGUAUUCUAGAAAAGAGCGUUUGCAGGAUGCUAGACAGUCAAAUAUUGUAGUAAAGGUGGAAAACGUCCAGCAUCAGCAUAACCAUAGGGGCUCUUCACAGACCCGUCUUCUAGAGGCUCCUAUUGAUUCACCUAAAAGGCUACCACCAGAGAAAAUACCUGAGAAAGAAUUUAUGAAUGAGGAGAGACCAUCAGCACUUCCACCAAUGCAUCAACAUGUUUCUCUCGCCAAAGAUUCGCCAUAUGAGAAUGUAAGCGAUGUGGAACCUAGUCCUGCUGCUAGCGUGCCCCAGAAGGCAACCCCACCCCUUUCUUCUGUCUCCAGCAAGCACAGAAUCAUCGACCUUCCAAUGCCACCCACUGUAGACUACCCAAAGAGCAGACCUAGAGAGCAUCGGCCAGCCAGUCCUCAGCGACGUAGCGGGCUGAUGGAUCUCCCAAUGCCUCCGAUCAUUGACGAGCCGGAUAAUGACGUGGACACGGUGGAUACGCCCGUGUCUGAUGCGGGUUCUGGUGAUAAGAAGGAACAUAAACCAAAGAGACCUAGGCUUUGCCAAAAUCGAUUUACUCGUGAGCGUGUCAAGGGGGAGUGGGGAGAGGGAUGUGUGGACAUGUACAAUAUAAUUGAGAUUAUCGGAGAGGGAACAUUUGGACAGGUGUAUAAAGCAAAGGAUGGUGCAACAGGCGAGCUGGUGGCAUUGAAGAAAGUCCGGUUGGAGAACGAAAAAGAGGGAUUCCCGAUCACAGCGGUGCGUGAGAUCAAGAUUCUGCGCCAGCUCAACCAUGCGUCCAUCAUUAAUCUGAAACAGAUCGUCACCGAUAAACAGGACGCUGUUGACUUCAGAAAGGAUAGAGGUGCAUUUUACUUGGUGUUUGAGUACAUGGACCAUGACUUGAUGGGGAUCCUCGAAUCUGGUCUUGUCACAUUUGACGAACUUCAUAUAGCCUCGUUCAUGAAACAGCUCCUGGAGGGACUCAAAUACUGCCAUGAUAAGAACUUCCUGCACAGAGAUAUUAAGUGCUCAAACAUUCUGCUGAAUAACAGGGGCCAGAUUAAGCUUGGAGACUGGGGUUUGGGACGACUGUAUGAUGCCGAGGACAAGGAACGGCUGUAUACAAACAAGGUUAUCACGCUCUGGUAUCGACCCCCGGAACUUCUUCUAGGAGAAGAGAGAUAUGGACCCUCUAUAGACAUCUGGAGUAUAGGAUGCAUUCUGGGAGAAUUAUUCACUCGUAAGCCAAUAUUCCAAGCCCAACAAGAGAUAGCGCAGCUGGAGUUGAUCAGUAAAACUUGUGGCUCCCCCUGCCCCGCAGUCUGGCCUGACGUGAUUAAGUUGCCACUAUUCCACACGUUCAAACCGAAGAAACAAUACCGCAGAAAACUCAGGGAAGAGUUCUCAUUCCUACCAAAGCCAGCUCUAGACUUGAUGGACACAAUGUUGGAGCUUGACCCGAUCAAACGUUGCAACGCAGACCAGGCUCUUAUGUCUCCGUGGCUAAAAUAUGUCGAACCAAAACUCAUUGUACCACCAGAUCUGCCCAAAGACCAGGACUGCCAUGAGAUGUGGUGUAAGGAGAGGAAAAAGAUGAUAAAAGAGAUGAAAAAUCGUGGAGAAGAUACAAGUAACCUGCUCAAGAUACCACCCAAUAAGCCUUCAAGCAGGGAGGGUAGUCGUGAUAGAAUAUCGAUACCACAGAAAAAUGUCCCACCACCCUCUAGCAAAGAUGCAUCAAGUGUCGAUAAAAACAAGCGUCAAAGCAUGAAUGCUAAAGACACUAAACCUGUGAAACAGGAACCACCAGUGUCACGUAGCGCAAGUAGUGCUAGUUAUACAGCCAAUCAAAAGCAGCUGAGCUCUAGUACCAAUGUGAGCAGUGUUCCCUCAGGCAAGCCAGGGCUGUUGUCUCAACCCCCAGAACCCAAGCCCGUAAACAUACCCAAAGCUCGUGAGCCCACUCCUCCUGAAGACCCCACCUUGCCUCAUAGGUUUAUGGAUAUAACGCAGUUUCAAGCACCAGAAGAUAUGGAGGGGGAUGAUGAUCGCUCCGGGGUGCAGGCUGUAAAAAGUACUAAUCCCAAUCCCGAUAUGAACCAGUUGACUAUAAUGUUACAACAGGGAAUGUCUAUAGAAGAAGUUGCCAAGGGCAUGAAUAUCAAACUUGAUGAACAGACUUUCGAGUUACUGUCCACUCUUAAACAACAACUGGUGUUGGCCUCAGCACUUGCAAAAUCAGCAAUGACCGCACCCACAGGGGUACCAGUUCCUGGGGGCAAACCGUCUGGUAAUAAUGUUGGAAAAACUUAUGACUACAGCAAUGCUCAAUAUAGUGCCAAUCCCACCGUGUCGGUUGGUGGAAAUGGAAAUGCGUUUGUGAAUGAUAACUCUCAAGCACCUUUGAGUGCAAGUAGUGGUGAUUUCAGUCAAGAUUAUUCCGCUCAAAAUUCAGCUUAUCCCCAGAGCAGGAAUCUCGGGGAGGGUGGGGUGGAUACAUACACAAAUUACGAGACUCGAAAUAUGGAUAUUUCUAAUGACAGUGCUGAUAUAUCUGUAGACAAUUCAAGCCGGGAAAGAUUGAAUAGUUCAGAAAUAGGGAACUACAGUAUGGAUAGUGCUACUGGGGUUGGAUAUGGGGAAUAUAGUCAUGAUAGUUUGCCCCCGCAAGCAGGACAGGAUAGUGUUGGAGGUGUGGGUGGUUAUAAUAGAUACGGGGGGUCGGAUGCGCGACACAGUGCUCAGAAACAGUAUUCCUAUGGGUCGGAUAAUGGUGAAACUUCCCAACGAAUUAGUUCUCAUAGAAACUCUAGCUCUUCAAAUUAUUCCAAUUCCGGUGCUGGAAUACCAAGUUUAUUAGACUCGUCUCCGCCAUUUCCAAGAAAAUCGGACUCAACGUCAGGUGCGAUAUAUGGACGACAGAUGUCAGGGGAUGGUUUGGGAGGUGGGUUUGCGUCUGGAAGAGGGGGUGGGGGCAUAGGGAAGUUUGGGGCACAAGGGAGGCAGGAGCCCCGCCCCUUGAUGUCGUUUGAAUCAAGUCGCAGAAGUGGUUCAGGUUCGGCAGGAUUCAGAGGAAACCAGUUCAAAAGAGAAAAGUGGUGACAAUAUUUGUGUGUUAAUGAGUCAGUGGUCACAAGAUUGAAAUGUUAAAAUGAUACAGAUGCGGUCUCGAACUGCCGAAAGCCUGUCUCAGCUAUGGAUUUGAUUCAUGGUGUCGAUGUUGAUCAAUGCUUUGAUCAUUUCUGAUGCUAAUGCUGGAUUUGAACCGGAUGUUGUUUGCCCUAAGCAUGUGCUUUAAAGUCCUGUUUCAUUUUUUUAAAAAGAUGGUCAUAGACUUGUAGGCAAAGUAAGAUUUGUUGUGUAUGAAAACAUCCUGUGGUGUAUUAUACAGAAUGACCAUGUGAAUCAUGUUCAUUUUUCCAAGGUCAAGUUACUGUAUGAUAAACUUGUACUGUUGGAUACUGUCUUAGUAGGGGGAAUAUUUGAGAGACUAUUUGGAAUUAGUAGUUGUAACAGUCACAUGGUGAUGACUUUUUCACACGAAAAACAUAAGGCUUCGAAAGGAACUUAAAUGUAAUUUAAAUGUUCAUGUAUGGUGCCUGUUAUCUAUUGGUUAAAAUAUUGCUGUGAAUUUAAUUCAUUGUUUUCUAUUGGCACAGUCUUGUGAUUUGUUUUGUGAUGAGGACAUUCAUUUGUAAAUAUUUGCAACAUGUAUAUAUGUUGAUCCAAUAUUUGAGAAAUGCAUUAUCUUGAUGAAAAGAUUGAUUGAUUCAUAGUUGGAUCAUACAGUUGUAUAAUUCUAAUUCACUCAAGAGAAUUUUGUGAUCAGGGUUAUUUCAGUCAAACCUACUGCCACCCAAGGAAGCUGGAAUGUCAAAAUGAAUGUAUAUGGGGAUGAUUCUUUUGCAGUGGUGGAAGUUAGCACAAGACUCCUACCCAAGAUUGGUAAAAAGCUAUCCAGGCUUUCUGGAAUAUAUUAUAGCUUGUUAAAAAAAUCAAGCCAAUUUGUGAUAGAAUACUGGUUUCCUUCAACUUUCAUUUUUAUGACUGGGACAUUUUUAUGAAUUACAUUCUUCUAAGGGACGGUCCAAUUUGAAAUUGCCUUCCUCAGGUGGGCUGUAUGUUAAGACAGAUCAUGUUCAAUGGAUACAUGCAUAUUUGUCAAAUUGUGUGAAAUGCAGGCUCUGCAUUAGACAGACUUAACAUAUUCUAUUUCUUUAUUGAGAUACGCGUGUCUUGUGCUGAACCCUGGAAAAGCAAGUGUUCAAAUUCGGGCACUUUCUAUUAAUGUAAUUGAAAAUUAUGUGGUUUCACAUUCCAUCAGUGUUGUGGAAAUUUUGCAGAAAGAUUCCUGCAGAAAGUUUUUCAUUCAUUCAUACCGUCAUCAUUCUCUUAAAAUUGCAAUUGUACUUCAAUAUCAUAUUGAUAUUCAACGGAAAUGGUUAUAAAUUAUGUCACUUAGUCUUUCAAUUAAGUGUGGAAAGGUGUGUUGAAAAAUCAACAACAUGAAUUUUCAUAACAUUUAUGAUUAAUUGUAUGAAACAGCUUUACUUUUUGUUUUACUAAACAAAUAAGUCUGCGUAAGCUAUCAGAAUUAUCCAAGCAAAUAACAAGGCAGAAACAGUAGCACAAACAGUAAAUUAUUUGAGUUAGAUUUUUGUGUUAUUCUGAAAUUUUCAUUUCAUAAAAUUAUUAAUGAAAGGUUAAAGAACAACAAAUUUAACCUGAAUAAUGCCUGCUUCUUUUAACAAAGUUUUAUGCUAACUUGUUUUAUUGUGUUCAUUUUUGUUUACUUUGUAUGUAUUUAUCAUCAUUUGAUUCAUGAAUUAUUUGUACGUGUUUGAAUGUAUCAAAAUUUAAAAUGGAGAAAAAAAAGAGGAUAUAUAUUACAAUGUUGUUCAUUACAUAUUUCGUUGACAUUGUUAUAAUUGUUUGCAUUUCAUAUAUUGCCUUACUUUUGAUAGCAACAAUGGUAAACAUGUGUAUUAUAAGAAUAACAUUUUCAUCAUAGGCUUCGACAGUAACUUGAGAAUGUUGAAUUUCAAGAUAAUCAUGCUCAUACAAUUUUAAGUCAAACAUCUUUUGUUGCUUAAAUAAUGAAAUAUAUGCCAGAUUUUUGUAGAUUUUCAGUUUGAUUAAACCUUGAUUUGCCAUUUUCUAUUUUAAUUUUUACAGAAUUCUGCCCACAUGUUUUUGUUAUUUUUGUAUUUCAUAUUUUCUUUAUGAAUGUUAAAUUUCACUGUUUAAUAUCACUGUCAGUCAAAAACCUGUUUAAGGAAUAACUUUUAAGGCAUAGUUGCUAAGGAAUAAAAAGGGCAGUGUGUUAGGAACAUGUAUGCAUGAACACAUGUAAAAAUCAUGGUUGGUUGUCCUUGUUAUGCUCUUUCUCUGACUUGUAGAAAAACUACAGAUUCAGAUUACUAAUAAAUGUAUACAUAUGAAAUUGUUAUUAAAAUGAUUCCUGGUGUUUUUGACACUGUGGAUGUAUUCUAGAUUAAAUUGUCAUGCUUUCAAUGAAA